AUGCUGGGCCAAGCUCGGUAUGUGCCCCCGGAGGCCCAGUCUGCGCAGGACUUGUACUGGAUGCAAAAAGCCCUCGACAUGGCACAGGAAGCUUUGGAGCAUGAAGAGGUCCCCGUGGGCUGCGUUUUUGUGCGCGACGGCCAUAUGAUAGCUCAGGCACGCAACCGAACGAAUGAGCUCGCGAAUGCCACGCGACACGCCGAGCUGGAAGCCAUUGAUGAGAUUCUGCAAAAGAUACCCCCCAAGGAUACCCGCUUCGGCACGGCACCUCAUGCCGGCCCACCGGACGACAAUCCCAUGCUGCGUACAACGUUGUACGUCACCAUCGAGCCGUGUCUCAUGUGUGCGUCUGCAUUACGUCAAAUUGGGAUUCAGCGCGUCGUGUUCGGUGCAGGGAACGAACGUUUCGGUGGGAAUGGUACAGUGCUUCCGAUUCACGCGAGCAGAGAAUUGCCCUACAAUCCUCCCUAUGAGUCUGUGGGCGGGUACCUGCGUGAAGAAGCCAUUAUGAUUCUCCGCCGCUUUUACAUGACGGAAAACGUCAAAGCCCCCAAACCAAAGACCAAGGCGCGUCGCGUGCUCAAAACCGAGAUUUAUCCGCCUGGCGUGUCUAUGCAUGGCUAUGGACCACCGGCCCAUCAUGCACCCGUUACAGAAGCGUCUCCCCCAGCGCCGAACGAAUGA